AUGCCCAAGAGGAAGGUCAGCUCUGCGGAGGGGGCUGCCAUGGAGGAGCCCAAGAAGAGGUCCGCCAGGUUGUCAGCCAAACCUGCUCCUGCAAAAGUGGAAACGAAGCCCAAAAAGGCAGCAGGAAAGGAUAAAUCUGCAGACAAAAAAGUGCAAACAAAAGGGAAAAGGGGAGCAAAGGGAAAGCCUGAAGAGGCUGACCAGGAACCUAAAGAAGAUCUACCUGCGGAAAACGCAGAAACUAAAACCGAGGAGAGUCCAACCUCAGAUGAAGCAGGAGAAAAAGAAGCCAAGUCUGUUUAAUGUCAUAUACCAAGUCUUAUCAGUGGUCUCUGUCUCCCUUCUUGUACAAUCCAGAGGAAUAUUUUUAUCAACUAUUUUGUAAAUGCAAG